AUGAUUAAAUUAAUAAUUGGAAUAAUAUGUUUUUAUGUUUUGUUUAGUUCUUAUCAUAUCUAUAAAAAUAUAAAAACACCAAUUUAUGAUCGUUCGGAAGAAUUGAAGUAUUAUAAGAAUAAAGAGAUAAAUGAAAAUACAGAAUCCAAAUAUACAUAUAAACCAUAUAAAAAUAUAUUAAAAAAAAAUGAUAUAAUAGAUUACCAUUUAUACAUAUCAUGUGUAAAACACAUAGACUUGAAUAAAUAUAUAAAUGAAAAAUAUAUUGAUUCUGAUAAAAAUUUUAUUAACGUUUAUAAUUUUACAAAUACCGUUUAUAAUUGGCAUGAAAAUAAAAUAAAAAAAAAAAAAAAAUGGGUAUUUUUCACAGAAAAUAUUUACCCUUCUUUUGAUUUAAUUAUUCCAGACUAUUUAUGUAAAAAUAAAAAAAAUAUAUAUUUGCAUAUUAUUACAUAUGUUAAUAAUGAAAUAUAUAGGUAUGGUACGAUUACAACUGUAUUAACAAAAAGUAAAAAGUUUAAUGAAAAAAAAAAAGAAAAAACAUAUUUAUGGGAAUGGGCCUUUAAAGAAGAAAAAAAGGAUUUAAAUAAAAAUAUAAAAAAAAGAGAAAAUUCGUUAUACAUUCCUAAGCGUAUUCAAUUCGGACCAGUAAUAGAAUAUAACGACUUUAAUAUUAAUAAACUUGGUUUUUUUUCAAAUAUUUUUAUAAGUAAGUCUACUAAUACUUACUUUUUACCAAUUUAUAUAAAUAACAAUUUAACACCUGAAGAUGAAUAUACAUUACUUUUAAAUAAAACAGAAAGAGAUAUACUAAACAAUGAUAGUAAUAUAAAAUACACAAAUAAAAUUGAAAUAGAAUAUGUUCCUAUAAGUUACACAUAUUUCAGUUUAAUUAAUAUAAUGAUGUUUAACAUAAAUUAUAUCAAGCAGAAAUAUAGUUUUUGCUCUUAUGACUUAGAUAGUUUAACUGCAUCAAUAUGUAAAAAUAUACAUUUAUCUAUAUUUAUAUAUAUAAUUUGUUUCAUUCAUUUGAUUUUAGACAUAAUUGCAAUAUAUUUUGAUAAAAAAAUAUGGGAAAAUUUGAAUAAUUUAUAUUUCAUUUCUUCAAAUAAUAUUCAUUUAAAGCUGAUAUUUACAUUUUUUAUUUUCAUGUAUUUAAAACAUAAAAAUGAAGGUAAAAUUAUAAUGUUAUUUUUGUUAUUAAAAAUUCUUGUAUGUAUAUGGAAGCUACUAGAUACAUGUGAUAUAAUUAUAUUUACUUUUUACCCAUUUAUAUGUAUAAAUAAGAGAUCUAUUUUAAAUAAAGAUAAUUCUAAUAUUGUUGAAUUUGAAAAUAAUAUGAAAAAAAAACUUCAUUUUAUUAUGAUUUUUUCAAUAAUAAUUAUUUUUAUAUAUAAUUUGGUUUUUAAUAAGUAUGAUUCUUUUUAUUCAUUAAUAAUCACAACAUCAGGUGUGUAUUCAUAUAUUUUUAAUUUUAUUUUUAUGUUUCCACAAGUUGUAAAAAAUUAUUACACAAAAACAAUCCAAUAUAUACCGUUACCUUCUUUUGUUUUACUUUUUUUAAAUGCUAUAAUGGAUGACUUACUUGCAAUAUUCUUAAGGGUACCAACAAUUCAUAAAUUUAGUGUUUUUGGAGAUGAUGUAAUUUUCACUAUAUUUUUAUUACAAUAUAUUUUGUAUAAAAAGGAAAGAAAAACAAAAUUUACUCAAAAAUAUAAAUUAGAAGAAUCUAAAAAACGAAGAUGA